GCGAAGUGCUGUCCACCCGCCUCGUUCCGCAAACUCUGGCUGAGGAUCGAUAGGGUUAUGAUGGCCACGGCAUGUGACAUCGGUUCUUCGCUUAAUUAUGUGUGGGAUUGAAGGCGGGGUAUUACUCUACCAUUCCGGAUAUCACGGCUUUAAUAAGCAGUUAUUGCAAGGUGAAAAAUCUUGUCAGGUGUUACUUUUUUUUCUGCAGUGAACAAUCGAGAAAAAAGGAUACUGUGAUUGAAUUUCGCAGAACGAAAAGUUUUUGACGGCGAUUUGAAAGCAUUAGAAUCAACAAGGGGGAAAAAGAGUUUAAAAACAAAAAAUUAAAAACAAAGAAAGAAAGUUUUGGAACACUUGGCUACGUCAUAUAUGAUGACUAUGCGAAGAGGCGCCAAGGCAAAAUGACUGAUGUUGUUCCCGUGUCUUCUUUGAUAAGCAGAUAUUUGCACAAUACUGAAAAAGUGAAAGAGGUUAAAACUGCGCACAAGUGAACACAGCGUGCGCCGAUGACGAGGGAGCUAUGCACAUGUUGACGUUUGUAUGGAUACUGCUAGCCAUGUUAUCACUCAUCACAAAUGGACGUUAUGACAGCCGUUCCGGAAGGUCAAGGAUUGACCUACUCAAGGCCAUUCUUCUAGAACAAAGGAAAUAUGACAGAAUGUCAAAACGAGGCCGCUUCUAUCCCAGGGCAACGUUCCGAUACAAGUCACCGUGGAAAUCCACCCUGGAAUGCUGUCCAUCCGUGAAGGAGAACAUCCAACCGCUCGGAGGUUUAUCACGUAACGGGACUCUUCUCGAACUGUACCGCGACCCGGGAACAGUCCAGAGAUUCUUUCAAACAAAAUGUCUGCCAGGCGUCGCUAGGCAACCGUGCAACUUCAUUGCUCCAGAAUACAAUGUGCUUUCCAGGUGUACGCAAAAGUACACGUAUACGUACGCCAUUGUGAAGGAUUAUAAUGUCAGUCAACCCUAUCGGAUGGACUACAUAAGGCUCAAAACUGGGUGUACCUGUGAACUAUAUUUUAGGGGCUAGUCGGGGGCGUGGGCUUGGGUUUUGUUUUGUGGGUUUUUUGUGUUCUUUUGCAGUUUAAGUAUGGCGUGCUUGCGGAGAUCCAAAAUAAAUAUAUAAUAUAUUGUGGAUGUAUAAUAUUUAUGAAAUUACCAUAUCAGGUCAAGAAACCAUAUUUGGCUGUUGAGUCAGGCUAUGCCAUCAUCUGUCGAUACUAAUGUUUAAAUAAAAGGAAGAGAGAUAUUUAAUAAAAGUAUUCUUGAAUGUU